GUAUUUACAGUAUGUUAUUGAUUUAUUAGCGUUUCACAAUAACCCAACAAUGAACCAAAAUUGUGUUGUUUUAAUAAUAAUUUUAUUAAUUGCUGAAUGUAGUUGUAAUAACAUUUGUGACAAUUUAAAUAAUUUAUCGAAAGACAAUAUCACCCAAGGAUGUUUAAACCAACUCGACUUGAUUUGCAAUAAUGGUUCAGUUCUUUGGCAAAUGUUUGACGCUUCUUCAAAAUACCCCAUUUCCGGUCUUUCCUACUCCAACAACAAGGAUUUGGGAAAUUUCGACGAAUGCAUCAGGAUCAACUACGAAUCGUUCAAAGGUGACGUUAAAGGAAAAUUUUGUGGUUUGAGUGUGGCUAUUGUGAAUCCUUUCCUCAAACCGAUCCCUGAUCCCUUCAUCAUACUCAAAAACAAGCACACAACUCUCGCUGAAAUUGCCACAAUUAGAGACAUCAGUGAUGAAAUUACGAUAACUGCUUUGUCUUUGUGUAUUCCGGAUCAAUGCACACCAAGAGAAGUGGGUUUGUACUUUCUUUGGGGGCAAUUUGAAACCACCAAACUGGUCAAUUUCGUUGAUAAAGUCCCCUGUAUGACCAAAGACUCGAAUAGUGACUUCAAAUGGGGCGAUAUAGUUUUUACGACGGUACUUGCGUUGGUCCUCUUUUUGGUAGUACUAUGCACCAUUUACGAUUUUAUGAUGUUGAAACUGAACCGAGAACCACAACACCCUAUCUAUGUCUCAUUUUCGGUCUUGACCAAUGGUAGAAAACUCCUCAACAUCAACUACAACCCAAAUCCGGACCAAAUCCAAUGUUUGAAUGGAAUGAGAUUUAUUAGUAUGAUGUGGGUCAUUGCUGGACAUAAUUUUGUAGCUGUUGAACAAGUACCAAUCAUUAAUUAUGCAGAAAUUAAAGAGUUUGCAGAUAAUGUUAGAGUACAAUAUGUAACUUCGGCUCCUAUAGCCGUCGAUACUUUCUUCUUCUUGUCUGGAUUUCUACUAACUUUCGGAUAUUUGAAAAGUGCAAGGAAGAUGGGAGUCGGCGAGCAAAUAUCUAAAGUACCAAUGAUGAUCAUUCACCGAUAUUUAAGAUUGACCCCAGCGGUGAUUAUGUUGUACCUCACGAUUAUAACAAUAUACAGGAUGAUAGGAACAGGCCCUUUGUGGGAUGUUGUGACACAAACAAUGAGCAAACCUUGCGAGCAAUACUGGUGGCCGUUCCUUCUCUACAUCCAAAACUAUUACAAUUACAACGAUAUGUGUUUGACCCAUACGUGGUACCUUUCAGCUGACAUGCAGAUGUUUAUUUUAGCACCUUUGGUACUAAUCCCUUUAACAGUACUGAUCAAAUCGGAGAAGGAAUUUUGGGCGAUUGCUACUCUUUGUACCUUGAUUGUGAUCGCAGUUGUUGUGCCUAUUGUAGUGAGACUCGAGGACGACACAAUCGACAAUGUUUAUGAUACCCAUUCGCGCUUCAACUGUUACCUCAUUGGGAUGCUUUUAGGUGUAAUAAUGCGCGAGUCGAAAUUUCAAAAAUUCGUAUUUUCCAAAUUAGUCAAUUUGAUAAUUUGGUGUGUGGUAUUUACAAUUUGUAUUACUUUCAAUCUCUAUUAUCAUAAUGUAAUUCGUAUUUACGAACACACUAAAGACACUCUUUUUUAUGGUUUUUAUCGGCCAAUUUGGUGUUUGAGUCUGGCUUGGAUGGUGUAUUCUUGUCAUCACGGUCAUGGGGGCCCUAUAAAUUGGCUUUUGUCACUUCCGGCGUUCCAAAUUGGGGCCCGUUUGUCUUAUUGCAUGUACUUGUUGCAUGCUGUUGUUAUUAUGUAUUGGGUGGGGGUUGUACGAACACCGUAUUUUUGGGGGGAUUACGUGGUGUUUUAUGUCUGGUGUGGACAUUUUAUCACAACGAUGGUGUUGUCGUACAUUUGGAGUUUGGCAUUUGAGUCUCCGAUGAUCGUUUUAGAAAAGUAUUUUUGGAUAGGAGUUGAGAGAAUUGUUAAAACGAUAAGGAAAUUACCAUUUUUCAAAUAAAAUAUUUUUG